AAGAAACAAAGUUUUAGCAGCGGAUGUUUUUUUUGAUUUGGCACUUCGCGGUGUUUCUUAUUUCAAGUCUUUCAAAAAAGAUUAAUGGUAUAGUCCAGGUGUUGCUGGGGACUAUGCAUGUGUCUACUAGCAGAUUCUGUUGAUGAGUUACAAAAAUGGUCUUCACAACAAAGAAGAAAAAACAGGAGAGCAAAUAUUAAUUGACAAUCGUGAUGGAGAAGUUAGCAAGUGGCAUCUUGCUAGAGGGUUUUCAAAAGCGUCGUCUGUUCGUGAGCUUAGGAACAAAAUUGGCCGUGUCUGAACUGUGCAGAAAAAUUAAUCAGACAGACCAUCAGCAUGAUUACACUAGUCACUUUGUUGAUGAUAAUUGUGGAAAAGCUUUCCCAUCUGAGGCUAAGCGGUUAGUCCACCAGCAAAUCCACCCUGGAGAGAAACCAUUUGUUUGUGAUCUUUGUGGAAAAGCUUUCCCCUCUGAGGCUAAGUGGACAGUCCAUCAGCAAAUCCACACUGGAGAGAAACCAUUUGUUUGUGAUCAUUGUGGAAAAGCUUUCCCAUCUGAGGCUAAGUGGACAGUCCAUCAGCAAAUCCACACAGGAGAGAAACCAUUUGUUUGUGAUAUUUGUGGAAAAGCUUUCCCAUCUGAGGCUGAGCGGACAGUCCAUCAGCAAAUCCACACUGAAAAGAAACCAUUUGUUUGUGAUCUGUGUGAAAAAGCUUUCCCAUCUGAGGCUGAAUGGACAGUCCAUCAGCAAAUCCACACUGGAGAGAAACUAUUUUUUGGUGAUAUUUGUGGGAAAUCCUUCUCGUCCAAAGGUAACCUGACACAACAUCAGCUUAUCCACAGUGGAGAGAAACCUUUUGUUUGUGACAUUUGUGGAAAAUCCUUCUCACGAAAAAGUCUCCUGACAUGCCAUAAGCUGGUCCACACUGGAGAGAAUUGUUAUGUUUGCGACAUUUGUGGAAAAUCCUUCUCACGAAAAAGUCACCUGACACGCCAUCAGCAUAUCCACACUGGAGAGAAGCCAUUUUUUUGUGACAUUUGUGGAAAAUCCUUCUCACGAAAAAGUCUCCUGACAUGCCAUUUGCUGGUCCACACUGGAGAGAAUCGUUAUGUUUGCGACAUUUGUGGAAAAUCCUUCUCACAAAAAAGUCUCCUGAUACGCCAUCAGUAUAUCCACACUGGAGAGAAGCCAUUUUUUUGUGACAUUUGUGGAAAAUCCUUCUCACGAAAAAGUCACCUGACACGCCAUCAGUAUAUCCACACUGGAGAGAAGCCAUUUGAUUGCGAUAUUUGUGGAAAAUUCUUUUCAAAAAAAAGUAGCGUGACAUACCAUAAGCUGGUCCACACUGGCGAGAAGCCAUUUAUUUGCGAUAUUUGUGGAAAAUCCUUCUCACAGAAAGGUAGUGUGAUACGCCAUCAGCAUAUCCACACUGGAGAGAAGCCAUUUUUUUGUGACAUUUGUGGAAAAUCCUUCUCACGAAAAAGUCACCUGACACACCAUCAGCGUAUCCACACUGGAGAGAAGCCAUUUGAUUGUGAUAUUUGUGGAAAAUUCUUCUCACAAAAAAGUAACAUGACAUGCCAUAAGCUGGUCCACACUGGCGAGAAGCCAUUUAUUUGCGAUAUUUGUGGAAAAUCCUUCUCACAGAAAGGUAGCGUGACAUGCCAUAAGCUGGUCCACACACAUUGAAAGAAGCCAAUUUAUUGUUUGUGACUGUUGUUGGAAAAGCCUUUACAUGUAAAAGUUAUUUGACAAUCCAUCAGCGUAUCCACAGACUGUGAACUAUCUGAUUGUGAGGUUUUAAGAGAAUUCUUCUCAUUUAGAAAUCACAUGAUCUUUUAUAGCAUGUCAGCACUUUAAAGAAAGAAUUUGAGUGUGGCUUUUGAGGAAAUCUUUUUAUCAAAAAGUAACUUAACACGCCAACAACAUCAACAAGUCGACUCUCAGAAAAAAAUCAUGUGGAUAAAACACUUUGUGGCAACGACUUUUCAAAUGAAAAUACCUCCUUUAAUCAGCAUUUGCGAGAAAUUUUGUAGUUUUUUUUUUGCGGAAAUUCUUAAUUCACAAAUUGUAAUUUAAGUCUAAUGUGAUGUCUUUGCGUCCCCAUUUGAGAAAACCAUUUGUAUUAAACCCUUAACACCAACGUAACACAUGUUUUCAGCUGGAGAGGUCUCAAAUUCAAUUCAAUCAUUUUUAGUAAAAAAAUCGUUUCUUUUUCAAAAAACUACAUUACUUC